AUGCAACACCGCAUCCCCAACACCGGUAUUGGCAGGGCAACACGACGGAUUGCAGUGGAAAGACGAAACCCAGCAGUUCGAUUCUCCCGUACUCACGCUUUCCCCACCUUCAUGCUCACGCCCAUGAUCAUGCUCAUCUUUGCUCUUCGUGUGUUCGAGUUACAGUACUACGCGCAGCACCAGCAGCCUGACCAGGUGCUCCAGGAGCAGCAUCCGCCUCCGUAUGCGGCGCAGGAAGCGGUGACGGGUAGCACCGGCCCGUCGGAUGCAUACGGUGGCUGGGACCAGCAGCAGUGGGUACAAACGGAGGUUGGAGCCGCCGAAGCCGUCGAUAGCAAAAGGGAAGCUGCACCAGUCUCUGGUCAGCUCCCGCACCCGCAUCAGCGUAAUGAACACCAACACGAGCAGCCGGAAGAGCAGAUGUACAUGCAGCAGCAGCAACUGGACUUGGAGGUCGCUGCGCAGUGGCACCAGGAUGCGCAGCAAGGUGGCCGGGCUGUAACGGAGGAGUCGGCGCCACGGACUGCAGGCGACACCGCGGUCACAGGCGACCAGGUGGAUUAUCAUUACCACAUGUACACCCUGUGGUUGAAGCUGCAGGAGCAGCAGCAGCCUGAUCUGGAGCCGUUCUGGGAAUGGUUUUCGCACCAGCAACACCAGCAACACCACCAGCAACAGCAACCGGAAGGGUACCAGCAGGAGUACCAGGCAGUGCAACAGUACGAACAGCACCCGAACGAACAGCUACAGUAUGAACAGCAACAGUACGAACAGCACCCGAACGAACAGCACCUGAACGUACAGCAACAGUACGAACAGCAACAGUACGAACAGCAACAGCACGAACAGCAUCCGAACGAACAGCAACAGUAUGAACACCAACAGUACGAGCAGAUGCAGGACGUACAACAACAGUACGAGCACCUGCAGCACGUACAGCAACAGUACGAGCAGUCGCAGCAGCACCACUACACAGGCGAGGCAGACGGGGCGGCGUACUACGCAAUGUCACCUGCGGAGCCAUUGGAGGCUGACGUGGCGUCAGUCGUUGAAGAAGCGCAGCAAUGGCACUAUGCCAAUGAGCAGUCUGGGUACAGCGGGGCCGCGUCCGCCGAUGCCGUACAGAGCCCCGGCGUUGGCUACCCGGAAGGAACUGUGUACGUCGACGACGGCUCCGUGUACGGCGGCGGUGACGACGGGAGUGCUUGGCAGGCUGCUGACUCAUCCGCCACCUCCGACCCCGAAACGUCGUUGGCCGACUCCGUUGCGGAGGUCCGUCACCAGCACCACCUGCAGCACCACCUGCAGCAGUGCUCCACGGAGGGCAUGGGGUCCCAUGCCGGCUACGAUGCGGCUGGUGGAGUCCGAUGCGGCUGGUCGGAGUUUUCUCAGGUGGCCGCCGAUGGGCUUGAGGGGCAGCAGCGGCAGCAUCCUGAGCAGCAGCAGGAGGAGCAGGAGGAGCAGGAGGAGCAAUGGGGGGCAGAAAGGCAGUUGCUGGACGCUCCACUGGGGCAGCAGGAGGGGCAGCAGGAGGGGCAGCAGCAACCACCUUUGCAGGUCCCUGCUGAAGUGGUUGCCGACUGGGCGCUGCACAACGUUGCCGACCCUGUUGCUAUUGCAGCGCAAAUGCAAGAAGCCGCUGCCGCAGCUCAGGAUAGCGAGCUGAAGGACGGCGCCACCGCGGCCCCUGCUGAUGCCGCCGUACAGGGCAGCGGCCUAGAGGAUGGCGCCGCCGCGGCCCCAGUUGUUGCCGCCGUACAGGGCAGCGGCCUAGAGGAUGGCGCCGCCGCGGCCCCUGCUGAUGCCGCCGUACAGGGCAGCGGCCUAGAGGAUGGCGCCGCCGCGGCCCCUGCUGAUGCCGCCGUACAGGGCAGCGGCCUAGAGGAUGGCGCCGCCGCGGCCCCUGCUGAUGCCGCCGUACAGGGCAGCGGCCUAGAGGAUGGCGCCGCCGCGGCCCCUGCUGAUGCCGCCGUACAGGGCAGCGGCCUAGAGGAUGGCGCCGCCGCGGCCCCUGCUGAUGCCGCCGUACAGGGCAGAGGCCUAGAGGAUGGCACCGCCGCGGCCCCUGCUGAAGCUGUCCCAGACGCCGUCAUGCAGGACAGUGGCCUGGAGAACGGCACCAGCACUGGCACCGCCACCACCGCUGAAGCCGCCGGUGCUGCGGUCUCGGCGACUGACGUCACAGCAGCGGCCCUGACGGCGGCAGCGCAGGCGGACGCCAGUCGCGGACCGGACGGAUCCAAAGCCACAACCGUCAAGCCACGGGCCGACGGCACCUUUCAGGCGGUAUCUGAGGCCGACCGGGCGGCGCUGCAGGCGGAGGCGGAGGGGAAGGCGCUGGGGCCUCUGCGCGGCAUGACAGUGGGAGAUGUGCAGAAGAACACGGGUCGCCGGGAUAUGGCCGCGGGGUUGAAGGAGCUGCAGGAGCUGCACGAGCUGGUGGAGGCGGCACUGCCCAGCACUCCGGUGAGUCGCGCACGGUUUGCCCCUCAAACCUCCGAAAGCGCCACCACCACCACCACCUCCGCGGAGGCCGUAUCCGGGAGCUCCCUCAGGGCAACGCAGAGUCAGCAGCGGCCCCUGCUGCUGGAGGUGGCGGAGAGCAGGCACGCGGGGCUGCACGCCGCCGCCGCGGCCACUUUCCAGCUCGCGGCGCUGCAGGCCUCCGGCGUGCUGCCCCCCGAGCUGCUGCCUCACGACCCUCUGGGCGCUGCUGUGGCGCUGCACCAGGCUGCCAGGGCGGGGUCUCUGGAGGCCCUCAUGGCGCUAGCAGACAGGCACGAACAGGGUAUCGGCACUCCCGCGAGUUGCGCACGCGGCAUGCUGUUCGGCAAGCUGGCCGCCAUGUACCUGGCGGCGGAGGUGGAGAAGGAGCAGAGGUACACUCCCUCCCUGCAGCCGGUGUCCCUCCGCGAGCGGUUCGCUGACGGGGCCUACGUGGCGGCGGAGGAUGCGGAGAACGGGGAGCACGUCAUUAGCCUGGAGGAGGACCUGGCGUUCAGGGGCAACACCGAUGCGAUGCGGCGUGUGGCUUACCGGCGGCUGGUGGGCCGGGGCAUGGAGGCCGACCCAGAGGGCGCCUACCAUGACUUCCAGGCCGCAGCGGCGCAGGGGGACCCGUACGCCAUCUUCAACAUCGGCUACAUGCACCUGCGGGGCUUGUACGUGCCACAGAACUACACGGCCGCCAAGGAGUACUUUGAGAAGGCGGCUGAGAAGGGCCUUCCCUCCGCACAUAACGGCCUGGGCGUGCUGGCGUGGAACGGACAUGGCAUGGCUCCCAACCUGACAGCCGCCCGGGAGGCGUUCGAGCGUGGAGCCGCGCUCAACAACUCGGAUGCCGUGUACAACCUGGCCACCAUGCAUUUUCACGGCGCGGGGACACCCGUCAACAGGGAGCUCGCUCUGGAGCUGUUCAAGCGCGCCCUUGAUCUGGGUCACUGGCGGGCGCCGUAUAUGCUGGCUCUGGCCCACGAGGCGGGCGCCGGCACUGAGGCCAACUGCACUGUUGCGAUGAAAUACCUGCGGCUGCUGUUUGCCGACCGCGGCACCUGGGGCCCGCAGCUGACCGCGGCGGUGAAGCUCCUGGAUGCAGGUGACACCCGGGGUGCGCUGUUGACGUACAUCACAGUGGCCGAGCAGGGCAGCGCCGCAGCAGCCGCCAACGCGGCCUGGUUGCUGCGCCGCCGAGCGGGUUACUCGGGACCGGACGCGGAUAAGCUGGCUGCCAAGUACUUCCAGAGGGCGGCGAAGCAGGGUCACACAGGUAGCAUGGUGGAACUGGCGCAUAUGAUCCUCUCAGCGGCAAAAGACAAGGGAGCCCCGCCUGUCGCCGAGACCACACCCCCGAGCUUAACGACAGAUGCCGUGACCUCGCCCGAGGCCAUACCCGCGAGCGCCGCACCACCAGCGGAGGUGGACCCUGCUGCCCCUGCCGUAGGUGUGGAGACGGAUGCAGGGGGGCCCGCCGGCGUCCCCAGCGCCUCCAGUACCUCCAGCACCCUCAAUUCCAGUUCCACCUCCAACACCUCCAGCGCUCUUCCUGACAUGCCCCCGCUGAUGUCCGUUUUGAGGCCCCACCAGAAGCCGCCCAAGCCGCAGCUGGUCCAGCCCGCUGCCUUGCCCUCCCGCCGCGCCGUACUCGGGGUGUCCACGGCAGCGGAUGCGGUGGCCUGGUACCGGGCAGCGGCCGCGGCGGGGGACCCCGAGGGGUUGUUCUAUUUGGGCUGGGCGAACUACCACGGCGUGGGCGUGGCGGAGAACGCUACCUUCGCCAGGAUGCUGUGGCUGAGGGCCUUCGAGGUCGCUGGCAUCCGCUCCUCCCGCGCCCUGGCCCCGCUUCUGGCGCUGGCGGGAAUGCGGAUCGACGGCUGGCUGGCGCCCUUCUUGGGCUCCCACGCUCUGGCGCGAGGGCACGCGAAGCUGCUACGAGGCCUUGAAGCGGCGCGGAGAUGGAACCGUGGGUCAGUCCCAGCCGACGCUGGUGAGGCCGGCCGGGCGGAGCAGGGCGCCAGCAGGGGCAUCGAGGCGGUGUCGGUGGCGGGUGCGGCGGUGGUUGAGGCGGUGACGGCGGCGCUUGCGCGGACUACAGCGGCGAUGCAGACUUGGUGUGGGCAGCUGGUGGCGGCGUGGGGCGGCGUGGAUGCGGGCAACGUGGAGAACACGUUGAUGCUGGGGCUGCUGGCGGCGUUGGUGGUGGUGCUGGGGCUGCGGCGGAGGCGCAUGGCGGCCAGGACAUGA